CUACGGCUCCUGGAAGGGGUCAGUCCUGGCCGAUCUCGCGUCUGUCCCGGCCCGUCGCGGCCGCUCCGCCGCUUCUUUGCCCGGGCGCCUCGGUGCGCUCGGUCAACGGCCUCUGCGAGCGCUCGCCCGAGCGCCCCGGAGCCGGCGGGCGGCGGCCCUCUCUCCGGGGACUCUCCAGCAGGCCCAGGGGUGAGUGGGGCAGCAUUUCCUUCUCCCACUGGUGCUGAGAUGGCAGAAAUUAGUCGAAUUCAGUACGAAAUGGAAUACACCGAAGGCAUUAGUCAGCGAAUGAGGGUCCCGGAAAAAUUAAAAGUAGCACCACCAAAUGCUGACAUGGAACAAGGGUUCCAAGAUGGAGUUCCAAAUGCCAGUGUGAUAAUGCAAGUCCCAGAGAGAAUCGUGGUUACAGGAAAUAAUGAAGAUGUUUCAUUUUCAAGACCAGCAGACCUUGACCUUAUCCAGUCCACUCCCUUUAAACCUCUGGCCCUGAAGACACCACCACGCGUGCUCACACUGAGUGAGAGACCGCUCGAUUUCCUGGAUUUAGAGAGGCCACCUCCAACUCCUCAAAGUGAAGAGAUCCGAGCAGUUGGCAGGCUAAAAAGAGAGCGUUCUAUGAGUGAAAAUGCUGUUCGCCAGAAUGGACAGUUGGUCAGAAACGAUUCCAUGUGGCACAGAUCAGAUUCUGCCCCAAGAAAUAAAAUUUCAAGGUUCCAGUCAUCGAUCUCUGCACCGGAGUACACUGUGACACCAUCACCACCACAGGCUCGGGUCUGUCCUCCCCAUAUGCUACCUGAAGAUGGAGCUAAUCUUUCCUCUGCCCGUGGCAUUUUGUCGCUUAUCCAGUCUUCUACUCGUAGGGCUUACCAGCAGAUCUUGGAUGUGCUGGAUGAAAACCGCAGUGUGAGAAGACAAAAUGAGAUACGUUAUGAAAGACCUGUGUUGCGUGGUGGGUCAGCUGCCGCCACUUCUAAUCCUCAUCAUGACAACGUCAGGUAUGGCAUUUCAAACCUAGAUGCAGCUGUUGAAGGAGCAUCAGAUGACAUGACUGUGGUAGAUCAACAGAAGAAGAAACUCAGACAAGAGGGCCAAAGGAAUCCUACUCGACAUUAG